GUACGACUUACCGGUUCAACUCCGCAUGCGUCGAGCUAUCCUCGAAGGUGACGCUCUGCUAGUGAAGAGGAUAGCAAAGAAGUAUCCGAAGUACCUGCACAACCCUGACUUUGACGACAAGAGCAAUACUUCGCUGCAUCUUGCCGCUAUACUUGGCAACCUCGAAGUGGUCAAGCUGCUCGUCAGCCUGGGCCACGACUCCUGCGAGCCAGACAUAGCUUUCAUGGACUUUGAUAGUGCUCCUGGGAUCAGCCUGAACACAGACUCCUCUACCCCCCUUCAUCUGGCCGCCGCGAAUUCCCACGCAGACUGUGCAGAUUAUCUGGCCUCGGUUUUCAAACACGCUAUUGACUGGCAGGAUAAGAAUGGAGCUACAGCACUGAUGCUCGCAUCGCAGAGUUCGAACAUUUCAAGCCAAAUGUCGAACACUUCUUCGUUGGUGCCGCCGAGACAGAGACCCAGGGCGUCGUCGGCGGCAUCGAACCCUGCCUCCUUUGAGGAUACAAGUACCGUCUCCAAACUCAUCAAGCGUGGAGCCUCGUUAACGAUGGUUGAUUCGGUGGGUAACACGGUACUCCAUUAUGCGAGCGCCUGGGGGAAUCUAAAGACCUUCCGGCUCCUGGUCUCUGCUGGUGCGCCGCCCUUGGCGAGGAACCAUGCUAAAUGCGCGCCUGCGGAUUAUGCCUUGAGCGUGCAGGCCGCUGUUUAUUGCCGGUCUCUGGUAGCUGAAUACGAACGGGCAAAGAAGGGGCAGUGUGAACAAGAUAAACCCAGUCUGAAGGUCAGAUCGAAUGAUAUCCCUCCACCGCAGUUCGGGGGUGACUCCCGCUUGUCACCAAUCUCUCCGGCCAGCGGUCUUAGGCCAAAAAUGAGUCUGGAUAGCCAGAGAACAGCACAGAGCUGUGGCAUCGGCGGUGUGAGACUGGUCUCUCAGGAUGAGAGUGACCAGGAGAACGAGUUGAGGCCAUCCGUAUCUUGGAGCAACCCGGGGACUCCAAUAUGA